UGACAGCACGAAACGCGAAAUUGUCUCGAGUUUUUUUGAUUUUAUAAUUAAAGACCGAUGAUUGCGAAAAAUCAGGGAGUAUUGGGAUAAACUUGGUGACGAUAUUUGUGAUUGAUUUUGGCAAUUGUGAGGUGUGUUUACUCGUUUUAUCGGUAAAAUAGUGCAGCAAAGGCGAUUGUUUUAUCAUCACGGCCGCAUCGGCGGCGGGCAGGAUGAUAUGAGCACGAUUGGCAGACUAAGGAUGUCCUCUAAGAGGAAGUCGCCACCAACGAAGCUAUCGGAGGGCGGGGGCGGUGCGGGAACAGUGGCGGGUGCCGAGGAGGAGGAGGACACCACCACAUCGGUGGCUGGUGAUAUACUCUCAACAAUCGGAUCAAUUAAUCCCGUUGACUAUAGAAGAGACGAGACAACAGAUCGUCUACAGGACUGCGACUACACCCACCAACGAGGUGACUGCGAGUCAUCCGUAUGUUCAUCACCAGGUACAAGUGAUCACGACUACCAGGACUCACCCUCAUCAUCACCAAAUUCACCCCCAAACAAGAGACAGAGGCUUCCCUUCAACAACAAUCAAGAAACCAAUUCAUCCUACCAGCAUUCACAGUACAAUAAUCAGAACACAGGCAGCCUCCUUGGUCAGGAAGCUGCUGGCUCAUCGGAGUGUGGCUCACCACCGGUACUCCACAACGAUCAGUACUACACCCAUCAUCACUCUUUGCACAAUAACAAUAAUACGGUAACGCAUAAUAACAAUACGAGUAAUAACGGUGGAUCAGCGACAGCAGCAGCAGCAGCAGCUAGCAAACGAUCUAUGGACGACGUCCUGAAGAGGCUCACCUGCAAGGUCAACAGUGGUGCCCUGUCCCUGCAGGACGACAGGCGGACACCUCCACUGUCGUCAACACCCAAUCACAAUACCCAUAGCAGCAUCAACAGUGUAUCGAACAGCCUUGCUGCAUCGCCAACGGCAACCGGAAGAUCACCGAACACGGAAUCCAACCAGGACGGUGCUGCGGCCCUCCACAGGGUCCUCUGUGCCGACAGCUUUGUGGAGAAAGAGCGAAGACUAUCGGAGAUGAUUCUGCAAUUGCAGUUUCUUAGGGAACAGCUGCUACAGCAGCAGGACCAGAUAAAGACGUAUCCGAGUCACAUGCCUGUGGACUCGCAGAAGCAAAUGGAGAUGCAACGGUUACAGAGUGAACACUUGAAGAGACAGCAGGAGCACAUGAUGCAGCACCAUAAUAAUAUACAAGAGCUACAGGCGCAGAUAACAAAGGGACAGUUGAGUAUGCCGAGCGCCCAAUCACUCAUGUUUCUACCGUUUCUCGAGCAACUACGUGGCUUACCAGUAGCAUCUACUAUGCCACCACCCACGUCAACUACCACUGGAAAUAAGCAUAUCAAUUCUAUAGCUAAUAUGAUAAGUAGCCACAGAGAGUCUCAAAGUUGGGCGACAGCGCACCUAGCCCAGAUGACGACGCACUUGGACAAAGAGACCUCCCCGACGCCAGUCUCCUCAGCGGUAGCGCCGACAGCGCCGCCCCUCCAAGACCCGGAUGCCCCCCUAAACCUGACAAAACCCAAGUCCUCGUCAUCAGGUGCAACAGCCUCCUCAUCCCCAGGCAGUGAUUCCCACUCGACGGGGGCUGGUAGCAGUGGCCAGCAGGAGCAACCCCUGGCAGCAACAGCGCCCAAACUCUUUCCCCCAGGUCUCCCCAUCCCCCGAAAUUACCUUCCCUCACUACCCUACGGCGGCCUUCCCCCGCACUUGAGCACAUUAUCAUCACCAAUGGGCAAAGUCAUGGUGAAAGAGGAAUCCGGGGCUGGUGGAUCGGCAGCAGUGGAAAAACACUUUGCAAUGCACGGAAUGUACGGUUUACCGCCAAGUACCAAUGCCAUACCAUCAUCACCACAAUCCCAACGACCGAUUAAACACUCGAGUAGUCGAGAUGAGCCAACCCAAGAGGAACAGGACUUCCUGUCGUCUCCUCAUCUCUGGAGAGAUCAGUCUUAUAAGGUAUUGGAGGACAACACCGAGAAAGCAAAGAUGGUGAGACAGCAGAAGAGGGAGAACGAGAAUAAACCACAUAUCAAGAGGCCGAUGAAUGCUUUCAUGGUAUGGGCGAAGGAUGAACGGAGGAAAAUUCUUAAAGCCUGUCCUGAUAUGCAUAAUUCCAACAUAUCAAAAAUUCUUGGAGCACGAUGGAAAGCAAUGUCAAAUUCCGAGAAGCAGCCCUACUACGAGGAACAAUCACGCCUAUCAAAAUUACACAUGGAGAAGCAUCCUGACUACAGGUAUCGUCCGCGUCCCAAGCGUACAUGCAUCGUGGACGGUAAAAAAAUGAGAAUUUCCGAGUAUAAAUCACUGAUGCGACAGAGGCGACAAGAGAUGCGACAACUUUGGUGCAGAGACGGUGGCCCAGAGAUGGGUUUUCUGUCACCAGUGGGUGGUGAAAUGGGUUCCCAGCAUCAUCCAGCUGGGCCAGGGCCCUCAGCAAGGCCCUCAGUAUCACCACCAGCAUCCCUUCUUAACGGCACAGCUGGACCAAGUCAGGACCAUUCCUCAUUCUACUAUCCUCAAGACAGUCUGUCACCCUCGGACAUGAUGAAUUUUUCACCGGACAAUUCAGGAUCAAUCGGUGGUUAUGACGCCAGUCCAAGGCAUCACGACGAGGAUUGAACCGCAGCUCCGGGUCACCCAGUCUGUCGACCCGGAGCACCAAGAACUUAUCACGCCCGUGAACUCUUCUGGUAGAAAUUAAUAAUCAAGAGAUAAUCGUUAUGCUUCAUUGAUUAUGGAUUCAUCGUGGAUUGAUGCAGUGCCAAAUUAGGGAACACAAUGUUUCUUGAGAUGAUGAAGUAUCCAGUGCCAUCAGGCAAUUAUUUCAAUUUAUCAUGAGGUGAUACCUCAAUGUGCCAAAUUCAAUAAACGGCCAUGAAUAUUGCUCGAGAGCAUGACGACAAUGUUUUGUAUAAACAGUGAAUAAUGAUUAGAGAAAUUAAUGAAUAAACCGGUGACGUUACGAUAAGUAAGAGAAAUUUUAACUCAUCGAUUGCCAUCUUAAAAGUCUCGUUCCCUACACUGUUAGCAAGAAAAUUGACAUUUCAAGGGCAGUUUAAGAAAAAUUUUCAA